ACACGACUGACUUCUGAAUGAAACCACGAAAGUCGGCGAUCCCAACGCCGGGUCGUUCGCGUUCCUCCUCAUCUGCAGCUCAGCCCGUUCCUACUCCCGAUGUCGACUACAUGUCCAAAGCCUUUUCGGACGCCAUCAGAGCGAACGAUCCGGCUUUGCACCGUGGCGCGCGCGCUAGUGACGCCUCCAUUAUAUCUGGUUCCCCACAAUCCACUUCAUUCCCUCCUCGUCCACCUUCGAUCGCGUCUUCAACGUCCACAAGACCACCGGAACGCGCGAAGACACCGACGACGCGACCUCCUAGCCGACACUCCGAUAUCUUUGGCAAGAGCAUCGCCCGUUCAUCUCCGCGCGCCUUUGAUUUGGGCGACAAUGUCAGAAUUGAAUCCCUUGGAUUCGAAGGCAUAUUGCGAUAUCUCGGUGGGAUCGACGACAAACCAGGUGUUUGGGCUGGAGUAGAGUUGUCCGGAGGAUUUUACGGCAAAGGUAAAAACGAAGGAUCUGUCAAUGGCAAGCAGUAUUUCUCAUGCCCACCAAAAUGUGGAGUCUUUGUCGCGUCCACGAAACUAUCGGCACCCACCGUCGGACCGGGUGCGAUCAGCCGACCAUCUUCUGUUGCUUCGUCUAGGGGUGGGCGUAACACACCCUCCAUAUCCGGCCGAACUACACCGUCGUCUGUUAUGUCUUUGAGCACAAGCUCGAGGACCCCGAGCAGUGCUCUGUCUACGGGACGUCGAACUCCUUCUCAAAGUGGGCGUAUUACCCCAUCAUAUCUGGGACGUGUCACUCCUGGGACGACGCCCUCAGCCCGCAAACCUCCGAUGAAAUCGACACGAACCCCAGGAUCACUAUCAGAUAAGCUAACCGCUGGCUCUCGUGCAUCGAAAUAUGUGGCAAUGACGGCCAAGCAGCUAAGCACCAGAGACUCUGCGAUACGUCCUAUUGAACCUCCCAGUCCCCGACAACAACCAUCUCCCUCAAGAAUCAGCUCCACGGCGUCAUCGCCGACUAGAACUCUCAGUUCCCCAUUCGGCACGCCAAAGCCGAGUCUGGGUGGGCGUCUUUCCACACCCGGAAGCACGGGGAUAGGCCGUCCUGCUCUAAUCACCCCGCGAGCUCGUAUCCCCAGUGCCAUCGCCAUGCCUCCACCUGCAUCACCCGUGGCACGUACGCUUCCGGAGGCAUCUUCGCGGCCUGAUUCGGCAUCAUCUAAUCAAUCGGUGGUUUUUGGUGAAGAACGCGCUCAGCUUCAGUCGCGCAUCGAGGCUCUCGAAUACGACAAUGGCCGACUUCGAGCGGCGGCGGACACAACAUCGGAAUUGAAGGCAACCGAAGAGCAGAUGAGACAGAUCGAGGAGCAGAUGAACGCAGCGCGCUCUCAAGCGGAAGAUGCGCAGCGCCAUGCUUCUGAGCUCGAACAUAAGCUGGGCGCUAUCGAGCGAACACUUGCGGAUCGCGAUGCCCAGCUCCUUGAACUGGAUGCAGAGCGCAAUCAAAAAAGCUCAGCACUCGAACAGCAACUGCAAGAAGCCAUAGUACGCGCAGACUCAUUGCAACAGCAAUAUGCCCAGAGUGCCGUGUCUCUGCGAGAAACUAUCUCUGCGAGGGAUACUGCUGAGCGGGACUCCGAAAGCAAAUUCCGAGCCAAGGACGCUGAAGUCGCUUCGCUGGAGUUGAGAUUGAAGGGUGCCCAGACUCAUUUUGAGGAAGAGCGGAGGGAAUUGGGCGCACAGGUAGAUGAGCUUAGGCAGGCAGGACAGGAAACGAUUGCGUUGUACGAAGAGCGCCUGAGCGAAGCAGACCGAGAACGAUACGAUCUCGAAGCACGUAUCACGACACUAGAAUCUCGCGCCUCUGCUCGCAGUCCAUCUCCAGCCUUAACAACCAAGACAGCAACUUCCUCGGCGACGGAAAUUGACAACGAGACCUUACGCGAGCAAGUCGUGCAUCUACAGCGAAAGAUCAGCAAACUAGAGGACGCUCUUGAGGACGCUCAGGCGGCUCAGGAAAGAGAUGAGGCUGCAUUGGCUGACAGGAUGAGACGUCUCAAGGAGAAGGAAGAGGCUAUGAAGAAGGAGCUGACUGAAGGACGCAAGGAAGUUGAACGUACGCUCAAGUCCGAAGGUACCGCUCGUCGCCGAUUGGAAGAGAUUGAAGAAGCGCUGCAUGAGAGCACUGCCGCGCUCGAAGACGCGCGAGCGGAGGUUGAGGGACUACGUACCGAGUUGAUGAAUCUGGAUGGACUUGUCACAGGGAAUGGAGAUACUGGUGAUCUCUAUUCUCGGGUUGCUCUGCUCGUGACUCGGGCAUCAAGUGACAGGUCAAGUUCCACGUCGGAAAUCGCACAUCUGCAAGAGCUUUUGAAGGAAGCGCGGCGUAAAGAACUUGACGCUGUUCAGGAUGCUGAACAAUCUCGUGACAGCCUCUCUAAUGUGCGCUCGGAGCUUGAGACCCUCAAGAAUAGGACGACAGAUCGUGACGGUGGGCUGAACAAUGACAUUCAACGUGUGCCAGAGAGGUCUCCAGCAUCCACGAAGCAUGAUCUCUCAGCAGCCAAGGAUGAGAUCACUGGUCUCAAGCAUAUCGUUCAAGAACUACAAAAGGAAAACCUGUCUGCUGCUCAGCAAAACAAAUUACUUCAAUCCGAGAACCAGCUGCUGGCUUCAGAAGCCGAGCAGUUACGGCAGGAAAUGCAAGUUCUAGAAGAAAACUUGGACAACAGCCUCAUUCAUGAAGCAAGUGAUGUGUCCGAUGCACCAAUGGAUAUACCAUCUCUUCAAAAGCUUCUUAGAGAGCAGAAGCUCAGGUCUGAGAUUGAGACUGAUCAACUGCACAAGCGUCUCAUGGAUUCAGAGAUGAAAAUGGCUAGAGUUUCCCAUGAUAUUUACCAUGAGGAUGAGUUGGAGCAGGAGCUUGAACACCUCAAGGCCAAACUAGAAUAUCAGACAAAGUCCUCCAAACAAAGCAAUGCUGUUGAUAACAAGAGAGCCUCACUAACAGUCUCCCAUGUCUCUGAUGGAGAUCUUGUUUGUUCAUCUUCUGAUAUGGUAGAGCUACCUCAUGAAAACUUAUUUUGUGAGGAUUGUGAAACUCAUGGACAUACUGCUGCCAACUGUCCACAUUCACUGGAUGUAUUCUAGUAAUCUAGCAAUUUAUACCCUCAAAAACA